GCGGUGGAAGAUGGACCAGCCUGAAUCGAUCUUAAAGGAAGCCAUUGAAAACCAUCAGAACAUGAUCAAGCAGUUUAAAGGAGUACCAGGUGUUAAAGAAGAGCGCUUUAAAGAAGGAAUGACGGUAAAGCACUGUGCAUUAUCCCUUGUGGGAGAACCCAUCAUGUAUCCAGAAAUUAACAGGUUUUUGGAGCUACUCCAUGGGUGUAAAAUCUCCAGUUUCCUGGUCACAAAUGCACAAUUCCCUAUGGAAAUCAGGAAUCUCAAACUGGUGACCCAGCUAUAUGUCAGUGUGGAUGCUAGCACCAAAGAUAGCCUGAUGGAAAUUGACCACCCACUCUUCAAGGACUUCUGGCAAAGAUUUCUCGACAGUUUAAAAGCCUUGGCAGCAAAGCAACAGCGUACUGUCUAUAGACCGACUCUCGUUAAAGCCUGGAACGUGGAUGAGCUCCGAGCCUAUGCCAAGCUGGUGUCUGUAGGGAGCCCUGACUUCAUCAAAGUGAAGGGUGUUACGUACUGUGGAGAGAGUUCAGCAAGCAGCAUCAUGGUCAAUGUGCCCUGGCAUGAGGAAGUGGUACGCUUUGUCCGUGAAUUGGUGGCUCUGAUCCCUGACUAUGAAAUUGCUUGUGAACAUGAACAUUCCAAUUGCCCCCUGAUUGCUCACAAGAAGUUUAAGAUUGAUAGAGAAUGGUGGACGUGGACUGAUUAUAACCGCUUCCAGGAGCUUAUUCAGGAAUACCAAGACAGUGGUGAAUCAAAAACUUUCGGCGCAGAGGAUUAUAUGGCCAAAAUGCCUCCCUGGGCAUUAUUUGGUGCCAGUGAAAGAGGUUUUGAUCCCAACGACACAAGACAUCAGAGGAAGAACAAAUCAAAGGAUAUUUCGGGUGUUACGACUAUCUGA